CGUUAGCUCGUGUAGCUUGUUGUCCGCAGCCUCCAGCAGCUGCCGCCUGUUGAGCGGCGGCUCAGGCGGCUCAGGAGGCUCAGGAGGCGGGCUGCGUGUGAGCGGAGGUCCGGGACAGACGGACCGGAGCGGCCAGACCGGAGGAAGAGCUCCUGUCGCACUUUAACUCUGUUUAUUAGACUGUUUGUUUUGGCGGGAAGUGAAGUGGAGAAUGAGCUGGUGAUGGUGAAGAAGAGCUUUGAGGACUGUGGACGCGUUUCUUCAUCAGGAGCAGCCAGGGUGCAUGAUGGGAUCUUUCCGGCGUCCCAGGCCUCGGUUCAUGAGUUCUCCGGUUCUGUCGGACCUCGCCCGGUUCCAUGCCAGCUCACCUGCGCUACAGCUCUCCAACACCAGCGUGUGGAACAGCGUCCAAUCAGCUGUGAUCAAGGUGUUCCAAGGCGGAGCUCUGCAGUCUAACGAGCUGUACACGCUUAACGAGAGCAUCAGGUGGCUCCUUAAAACUGAGAUGGGCUCCUUCAUCACAGACUACUUCCAGAACCAGCUGCUGACCCGAGGUCUGUCUGAUGUUCUGGAUCAGGUCCUCCUUCACUCAGGUGACGAGCAGCUCGUUGUCCUCGCCGACAUGUGGGACAGAUUCUUCACAGAGAUCCUGCCAACCCUGCAGGCCAUCUUCUACCCAGUCCAGGGUCAGGAGCUCACAGUCAGGCAGAUGGCCCUGCUCGCCUUCAGAGAUCUGGUUCUGUUGAAGCUCCACCUGGAGGAGACUCUGUGCGGUGCAGCCUCCGUCCCUCCAGCCGUCACACAGAUGCUGCUGGUGCUGCAGGUAAACAGUUUCUAUACUCUGUGUACUCUGUGUACUGUCUGUGUACUCUGUGUACUCUGUGUACUAAACCCGGACAGAACAUUUCUUCUGUCUCUUCCAGAGUCUCGCCACCUGCGCUCAUCGGGGUCGUUGCUUGGCGACCAGUCCCAGCCCGAGAUCAUGGUCACUCAGCAUCACAACGCGUCGGACUCGGCGUCUCUAGCUCCGCUGGUGGAGCAGGAGGGCGAGGCGUACCUGGAGAAGUCCGGCGGUGUACGGCGCCACACAGUGGCCAACGCGCACUCCGACGUCCGGUUACUGUCUGCGUCGGGCAGGUUGCAUGAUGGGACGCAAGACAACAACGGUGUGGGAGGGGACGAAGGAGGCGUGGGGUUUCUGGUCGGGGACGGGCCAAUGGAUCCCAGGCCGUUCUUCAGCCAACCGGACAUGGUGGAGCCGCCAAGGGGAGGAGUCAUCUGUUGAUGACACUAUGGGGGGCGGGGCAGGAAGUGACAGGAUGUAAAAAAAAACAAGGACAGAAAAGAGGAGAAACAGGGACUCUGACUCUGGACUCUGAUCCAGGUCAGGCCGUGUGUCUGCAGGUUUGUACAGACAGAACUGGACUGCUGGUUCUGGUUCUGCUCAGGUCAUGUACAUAAAAUGUUCUGUUUUAAAGUUGUUGAUGAAUAAUAAAGUCUAAUUACACAAAUUCA